CUCAACAUCCACUAUGCUAACUAUUGCUUGACUUAAAUCCUUGUUCAGAUUCUCUCCUAUCGGGGAAAUUGUAGAUCGAGGAUUUGUCCUCCAUCCCAUCCUCCCUGUGCCGAUCUGUGGCUGGCAGUCGUUUACCGCCCGAGCCAAAAAAGCGGGACGAUCAAGUCAACACCCCCAAAGUUACUUUCUACUGCAUCCGUCUGCUAAGCCACCUCAUCCUACUCAAACCUGUCCACUUUCUUCCCCUUUCACUCUAAGCACCCCUUCUUCUUCGACUGUCUACUCCCUUACUUUAUUGCUUUCCCCCUGCAGUUCCCGUGGCGUGAGAAUUCCUCCACCUUCCACUUGAUCCGAUCAAUGCCUCAGGGGCAUCGCCUCUAUUGCUCUUAGUGAGGCUGUCAGCUUCCCCCGCGGCAGCAUGGCCAGCGGUAGGCCUCCUGGGCCGAAUUAUCCCGCUGGUCACGAUGAUGACUUGUUGUUGAGGUCGAGUCCUAGUCCAGGCCCGAUGUAUAACACUGGUCAGCCCCCGCCCGUCAGCGACGAACACCUCUCGCAAUUUAUCGAACAGCACAAUGCGCAACCGCGCCCUUCCAUAUCCAACGACCAGUUCAUCGGUGCCCAGGUACAACCGCAUGGUGUGUACGCCCAAGGUGUUGCAGGGAAUGCGCCUCACAGUAGAUUCCUUCAAGAAUCGCAUGGCGCCGGAUAUCAAUCAGAGUCAAAUACGGACCUAGCCUACGGACAGGACCCCCUCGACAGAUACGACUCCAACCUUGAUCGCUACGAUUCACGAUACGAACAGCAUGGCUACCACGAUGGCGGUAGCUAUUACGACGAUCCGUUUGACCCGCAGAUUCCGAGCGAGAGCCAUGUGCGGAAAGCGAACGAGCGGAACAGUGUUCUGGGGUUAGGGGGCGGAUUGAUGGGAAAAGCAAAAUACAUGUUCGGCAUGGGACCGCAAUAUUCGGAAAUGGAUCUGCCUUUGACGGAAGCCGGCGCGAGAAGAGCGACCGUGGAUAGCACCGGCGAACCGGCUGCCGCCCCCAAGGAGCGAAAGAAGUUCCGCGCAUCCAACAUUACCUCGAUCUUCGGACGCCGUAAGGUCGAUCCGGCAAGCCUGGGUCCUCGCAUGAUCCAGGUCAACAAUGGUCCUGCAAAUACCGCGCACAAGUUCGUUAGCAACCACGUCUCGACUGCCAAGUACAACGUCUUCACCUUCAUUCCGAAAUUCCUCUUCGAACAAUUCUCCAAAUACGCCAACCUGUUCUUCUUGUUCACGGCUGUUCUCCAACAAAUCCCCAACGUUUCUCCGACCAACAAAUAUACCACCAUCGCUCCGCUCGCUAUCGUGUUGUUGGUUUCUGCCACCAAGGAAUUGGUCGAGGACUAUAAGCGUCGGAUGUCGGAUAGAGGGUUGAACUACUCGAAAACGCAAGUUCUGAAGGGUUCUUCAUUCCAUGAGUCGAAAUGGGUAGAUGUGGCAGUGGGAGAUGUGGUUCGAGUCGAGUCAGAGGAACCAUUCCCCGCAGACUUGGUACUUUUGGCUUCGUCCGAGCCCGAGGGUCUUUGCUACAUCGAAACGGCCAAUCUGGACGGAGAAACCAACUUGAAGAUCAAACAGGCCAUUCCCGAGACCGCGCAUCUCGUCAGCCCUAGUGACCUCAGUCGCUUAAGUGGACGAGUUCGAUCGGAACAACCCAACAGCAGUCUGUACACGUACGAGGCGACAUUGACCAUGAACGCUGGAGGUGGCGAGAAGGAGCUCUCUUUGGCCCCGGAUCAAUUGUUGCUUCGAGGUGCAACCCUACGAAACACUCCCUGGAUUCAUGGCAUUGUUGUCUUUACUGGCCACGAGACCAAAUUGAUGCGGAACGCAACGGCAACUCCUAUCAAGCGUACUGCGGUGGAGCGGAUGGUCAACGUUCAGAUCCUGAUGCUAGUGAGCAUUCUCAUUGCGCUUAGUGUCGUCAGCUCUGUUGGCGAUCUCGUUGUUCGUCAAACAGCUUCCAGCAAGCUCGCCUACCUGGAUUACGGAUCUGUUAACCCUGUGAAGCAAUUUUUCAUGGACAUCUUCACUUACUGGGUGCUUUACUCCAAUCUGGUCCCGAUCUCGCUGUUCGUCACCCUUGAGAUUGUGAAGUACUUCCAGGCAUUCCUCAUCAACUCCGACCUUGAUAUCUACUACGACAAGACCGAUACGCCCGCCACCUGCCGCACCUCAUCCCUGGUGGAAGAGCUCGGCCAGAUCGAGUACAUCUUCUCUGACAAGACGGGCACGCUAACUUGUAACAUGAUGGAGUUCAAGCAAUGUUCAAUUGCCGGUAUUCAAUAUGGAGAUGACGUUCCGGAAGAUCGUAGAGCUACCGCAGAAGAUGAUGGCGAAUUCGGCAUCUACGACUACAAGACUCUUCGCAAGAAUUUGGAAUCUCAUCCGUCUCAGGGUGCUAUUCAACAGUUUCUGACUCUUUUGGCAACUUGUCAUACUGUCAUUCCCGAAUGGAACGGCAAUGAUCCCGCUCAGAUCAAGUACCAGGCAGCUUCGCCCGAUGAGGGUGCUUUAGUGGAUGGUGCUGCAAUGCUGGGCUAUCGCUUCACCAACCGCAAGCCCAGAUCGGUCAUCUUCACUGCCAACGGAGUUGAACAGGAGUAUGAGUUGCUGGCUGUGUGUGAAUUUAAUUCUACCCGAAAGCGCAUGUCGACCAUUUUCCGCUGCCCAGAUGGCAAGGUCCGAAUUUACUGCAAGGGUGCCGACACUGUCAUUCUGGAGCGCCUGCACACGGACAAUCCGGCCGUUGAAAUCACCCUUCAGCACCUUGAAGAAUACGCCUCGGAAGGUCUGCGAACCCUGUGUCUUGCUAUGCGCGAAGUCCCAGAGGAUGAAUAUCAGCAAUGGCACCAGAUCUUCCACACGGCCAACACUACCGUGGGCGGUAAUCGUGCCGACGAGUUAGAUAAGGCGGCCGAGUUGAUUGAAAAGGAUUUCUAUCUACUGGGGGCUACUGCCAUAGAGGAUCGACUGCAAGACGGUGUUCCAGAUACCAUUCACACGCUUCAGACUGCCGGCAUCAAGAUCUGGGUCUUGACUGGUGACCGACAAGAGACUGCCAUCAACAUCGGCAUGUCUUGCAAACUUAUCUCGGAGGAUAUGACGCUUCUCAUUAUCAACGAGGAAAAUGCGCAAGCGACUCGCGCUAACCUUCAGUCUAAAAUGGACGCCGUCAAAAGCCAGGCUGGUUCUGGUGACAUCGAGGCCUUGGCUCUGGUUAUUGAUGGCAAGUCUCUCACCUUCGCCCUGGAGAAGGACAUGGAGAAGCUUUUCCUGGAUCUCGCUGUUAUGUGCAAGGCUGUGGUCUGUUGCCGUGUGUCUCCCCUGCAGAAGGCACUGGUUGUCAAGCUUGUGAAGCGGCAUCUGAAAUCCUUGCUCCUGGCUAUCGGUGACGGUGCCAACGACGUGUCCAUGAUCCAGGCCGCACACGUUGGUGUCGGUAUCAGUGGUAUGGAAGGUCUACAGGCAGCUCGAUCGGCUGAUGUUGCGAUUGCUCAAUUCCGUUUCCUCCGAAAACUGCUCCUAGUUCACGGCGCCUGGAGUUAUUCCCGCAUCAGUCGAGUCAUUCUGUACUCAUUCUACAAGAACAUCACGCUGUAUAUGACGCAGUUCUGGUAUUCCUUCCAAAAUGCCUUCUCUGGGCAGGUUAUCUACGAAUCCUGGACUUUGUCCUACUACAACGUGCUUUUCACCGUUCUGCCGCCAUUCGCCAUGGGAAUCUUCGACCAAUAUGUCUCCGCUCGAUUGCUCGACCGUUAUCCCCAACUAUACCAGCUGGGCCAGAAGGGUGUCUUCUUCAAGAAGCACAGCUUCUGGGCCUGGGUUCUGAACGGAUUUUUCCACUCUUUGCUCCUUUACCUUGUCUCCGAGCUGAUCUUCUACUGGGAUUUGCCUAUGGCUAAUGGCCAGGUUGCCGGCCAUUGGGUUUGGGGAGAGGCGCUGUACACUUCCGUGCUGGCCACUGUCCUCGGCAAGGCUGCUCUGAUCUCCAACAUCUGGACCAAAUACCACUUCAUCGCCAUUCCGGGAUCCAUGCUACUUUGGCUGGCCUUCCUCCCAGCCUAUGGUUACGCCGCCCCCGCCAUCGGAUUCUCGAACGAAUACUACGGCACCAUCCCCGUUCUAUUCAAAUCUCCCAUAUUCUACCUGAUGGCGAUCGUCUUGCCAUGCAUCUGCUUGAUGCGUGAUUUUGCCUGGAAGUAUGCCAAACGCAUGUAUUACCCUCAGCAUUACCACCAUGUCCAGGAGAUCCAGAAAUACAACGUCCAGGACUACCGUCCUCGUAUGGAGCAAUUCCAGAAGGCCAUCCGCAAGGUUCGCCAAGUGCAGCGCAUGCGCAAGCAGCGUGGUUACGCCUUCUCCCAAGCCGACGACGGCGGUCAAAUGCGUGUUCUGAAUGCCUACGAUACCACCCAGGGUCGUGGACGGUACGGAGAAAUGGCGAGUUCCAGGAAUCCGGGAUUAUGAUCUAUGUUGCUUUUUUCUCCGGCUGCAUUCCUUGCCUCUGCGCGCCUCCCUUUUUUCUACCGCAUGAAUACCAAGAAAUUGGUGAUGAUAUAACUUUGUGUACUUUUUAUCAUUUUUUUCUACCUCUUCCAGCCUCGGUAUGUAGCCGUGCUAUGUUGUCUAGCUGGAGAGUGAUGUGACAUACUACCUUGUUGUUGUGAUGUGAUGUGUUUUUAGCUUGAUUUUUCAAUUGGAGAUGGCUUUGGCACAUGCCCGAGUCCUUCGACUCUUAAUUAUUUUGCGUUGUAUAUGUCCUUGACCGUGAUCAUCUACUUGUAGUAUCAUUGAGCUUCAUAUUGUCGUCCAUCUGCUUUCGAAAUGAGACUGGGCUCCAUGUCAAGCCCAAGUGUGUCUUCAACGAGUACAUCUCUCUUGUGGAGGCCUCCAUCCGAUUCCUAAUCGCUCCAUCAACAACCUCUCCCUCUCUUCCCACGUCUCUCCACCAUGUUCCAGAUCCAGCACCUGGCCACCAGUGGUCCGUUCGCGCACUCCACUAGAGUCGAACUUCCACAUAUGUGCCUUUUUCACAUAUCGUCUUAGGUCUCGUUGGAAUGUAGUGUCCCCCGACCAUCCCAACACGGCACACCCAAUUGUGUGCCAGGGCGAAAUGAUAAUGUCAACACGUUUAUGGUGAUUUGGAUUCUUCUUACGAUUGCUUGAACCCUGUGGAUCUGUGGAACUGGAAUCCUUAAAAUGCGGGUCCUGCCAGACGACCAAGGCUUUGUCGAGGGAGUCAAAAUGUUUGCCCGUUUCAUCACCUCUGUAGGGAAUGGUUUGUUGGUCACGGUGCGAAGACGUAAGAUGCAGUGCGAGUGUGUGUGUGACAUAAAGCUCUGCCUCGAGGCUAGCGACGACGUCCAUGACAAGACUGUGAGUAAUAUCCUCGUCGCGGUGUGUGAGGAUGACGUCGACGUCACCGCUAAGCUCUUUGCCUCGACGAUAGCCACCAACGAUUAUACACUCAAUCCUACCGUCCGCUGCGGGCCGUACCUUGUUCGCGUGCCGCCGUACGGUUUCAGCAAUCUUCUCCGAUUCACGACGAGAAACCCCCUCUUGAAACUCGUCAAAGAACUUCACGCCAAUUUGCUGUACACGAGAUAAUGAAUUCCAUCCAUGUUCAACGAUAUCAUCCAGAUCCCGCCAUCCACGGUGGUGAUAGAAAUCCCUCGCAGUCUUCGCUCCGACUCCCCAGAUCCGAUUGAACGUGUCCAGAACACGGAGCACGGGGUCUGUUUCCAAGGCGUUGGCCGCAGCAACAGUUCCGUCAUCGUCGGUAUGCUCACAGCCGCCAUGCUGCAGGAAUUCGGCGAAAAGAUUUGCGAUUUUUGCUUCACAGCCUGGCAAAGAUAGUAUCUCACUUGGUCUUCUAAUGACGUGCGGAUACGCUGCUAUUGCGGCUAUCGAGGUACUGUACGCUCUCACUCCAAUUUCGUCAAGCGUGAGUUCCCUUAUGCGACGGAUCUUGACGAGUUGGGAGAUGAAGUCUUCAUUUGGUGGAUGUAAGGGCGCUGAACGCAUACAUGCGUAGAGGACCUGAUCACGGACCCAGUCUGGUUGAGGUGGUGAAGGAAAGGCCUCGUCGUGCUCUGAAGUUGUCUGCCGGUACAGAGUCGGUCGCUGGCGCUGACUACCCGCGCCGUCAGGAGGCUCUUUGGACCGGCGAGAAUGGAAGUACUUGGAAGCAUCUGGAGAUGGUUGCGAGGCCGCGUCUUCUUUGGCGCGCUGUAAAAUUGCACUGGUGGGUUUGUGUGAAGGCGACUUUGCUGGGGCAGCAGGGGUAGGGCGUGCGGUCUUUUGCCCUUUAUAGACCACGAAUGAAUCCCAGGGAAGUGCUCUUCGUGCAGCAAUUGAGUGGUCUAGCCAUUCCAAUUUUAGAAGAGUUACUGUAUUCUCGGCUUCUUUUGCUGAUUGUACAAGAUGUUUGCCCGGAUCAUGUCGACUCCGAACUCCAUCUUCUUCGGACUCUGACUCUGUGCUCAGAUCGACAAGCUCAAUACCCGCAUUGGCAGCCGACGUAGUACUUGUUUUCCUCCGUUUUGACAGUGGCUGCUGAUCUAGCUUAGAUAUCGUUGAAGGUGAUUCGAAAGUGAUUGGAAUCUCCUCAGUCCAAAGUCCCCGAGAACGAAGCUCGAGCGCCGCUCGCUUCUUCUGGCCAAUCUUUCCCAAAAUGAUGGUGGCUUCUGAAAUAUCAUAAGUGAGUAUGCCACCAUAUCGCACUAGUUUGCUCUCAGUUUCAUGUAACUUGCCAAUGGGCAAAUGUGUUGGUAGGAUGAAAACUGCAGGUUGUCCUGAAAAUAUCGUCUCUUCCGUGGUUUCUUCGGCUGGCUCAGGAGGAGAUGAACUGCCGAAGAAGGGAUUCGACAUGUUUGGCAAUAGAUUUAAUAUAUGUUCAAUAAUAUAUGCAAUAUAUGGUGGAGCCUUAUAUGUGUGAUGGCAUAAUGGACGUUCGUGUGGCCCCGCCGAGUCACCGAGUGCUUAUCCCUGUCGCGUAUAGCAGUGGAAGCUCGUGCAUAUUGUGGGGAAUCACGAUGGAUGAUUUGAAUCAAAGAUUAUAUUCAAUAGAAGCCAAUCAAAGACAUCACCGAAAGGUGAGUAGGGAGCAGCACAUCCAUGCAUCCCUUGUCGUUUGGGGAGAGAAAUGCGUUUGGCUGGGAGAUACGAGCUAUUCAUGCCUGACGUCACAUGUUUCUGCCUAAGGCCACAAUGGAAGUAUAUCCUGAUUCGAUGCUUUAUAGUUAGCAACGCAAUAAGCCUGUCUAUAAGAGCAAUGCUAUCUAGUCCGGUAGCGAAACAUCACUCUAGACAAUCUCAUCCUCAAUGCGGCGUUCGUUGGUUUCCUUCACCGCAACACUCGAUGCCGCUCCCUUUCCUACCCCCUCAGUCCGUGCCGCCUGAACGCUUCCACUUCUCUCGAAAGUGAUGACUCUGGGGUCUUCACCGUGUCCAAGGUCCUCUUCAUGAUUUACCUCCUCAUCCGUGAUUAAGGGUCGCCCGUGGCGACGGGCCAUCCAUCGCCGCCAUGGCUUAUAUAAGAGCACGCUCAGUCCGCCGAAAAUGAUGAAGCAGCCACAGAUCGAUCCACCAAUGACAUCGUAGUAGUCUCCUGCUAUCUGCACACCAUCCCAGAAUUUGCCAGUAGCAUUGGUAACAUUCAGAAUCAUGGUGAGAAGUUGGAUCACGCCGAUCACGAUGGCAACUAUGACCGUCAGAGUAGUGAGCACGAUUGAAUAGUAGAGGAAUGCGAUAGGAUCACGGUGAUUAUCAUGAGACUGAGGAAUCUCGUCGCCAUCGUUUUCAGUGGACUCUUCUGAAGUUGAGUUCGUUCGCUUGGCUGGAAGGAAGUUUGCCGAGGGCUGGAUGUAGAGAGAGAACAUCAGAGCGCCAUCGAUGGUAUCGAGGAGGCACAUGCCUGCGGUAAAAAGUGCAGGGAGGAUCAGAAUGACCCAGAAAGAUGUGCCUUUGGCAGCCUCUACUGAUGAGAUACCGAGCAACGCAAUCUCGGAUGAAGUGUCGAAGCCCAACCCGAAAAGAAUCCCAAGUGGAUACAUCUUCCAGGGCCU